AUGUCGCUGCUCGACUCGGUGACCGACUUUGCUGGCUCAGUGACCGCCUCUCAAGUAGCUGGUGGUGUUGCAACACUCUCUGCUAUCUCUUUCAUACGGUGGUAUGUUUACAACCUGAAGUUCUCCGCCAUCCCCACUGUUGGAUACUCGGAGCCACUUUUAUCCUGGAUCUCAGCCAUCCAGUUCAUUACCGAUGCGAGGGACAUGGUACACGAAGGCUACGUCAAGUACAAGCCAGGUGUCUUCAAGGUCGCGAACAUCGACGGCUGGGCCGUGAUCGCUGCUGGCGCGCAGUACAUCGACGAGGUUCGCAAAGCGCCGGAUGAGGUACUUAGUUUCGUCGCGGCCACUGAACAGCGUCAGCAAAUCAAGUACACCUUAGGGCCAGGUGUGGGAACAGGCUAUCAUGUCAGUGUCGCCAAGACACAGUUGACCAGGAGCUUGGUCGUCCUCUUCGACGAUAUCCGCGACGAAACGAUCGCCGCUUUCCGUGACUUGAUUCCUACUAAGGACGAUGGCCAAUGGGUCAAGGUGCGCACGCAGCCCAUGCUGCAGAACGUCAUCUGCCGUGUCAGCAACCGUCUAUUCGUGGGUCUGCCGCUCUGCCGCAACGAAGAAUGGAUCAAACUCAACAUCGAGUUCACGCUCCAUGCGGUCAUCGGCGCUCAGAUCCUUCGCCUCUUCCCUGAGUUCUUGAAACCCAUCGCCGGAAAGCUCUUCACAAAGGUACCAUCGUCGCACAGGAAAGGGUUCGCUCUGAUGAAGCCACUCAUCGAAGAGCGCCAACGCAUGAUGACAACGUACGGUGACAAGUGGGAGGACCGUCCGAACGACUUCCUUCAAUGGCUCAUGGACCAUGAGGAUGGUCAGAAGCAAUUGCCUCAAGAUUACUGCAGGCGCUUGAUGUCCACCAACUUCGCCGCUAUUCACACGUCCUCCCUCAACAUGACGCAGGCCUUGUAUCACCUUGCAUCUCAUACCGAGUGGCAGAAGGAGUUGCGAGAGGAGGUUGAGGAGAUCGUGCGGGCGAACGGCUGGAGCAAGGCCUCCAUGGGCAAGAUGAGAAAGAUCGACAGCUUCCUCCGCGAACAGCAACGCUACGCCGGGCUCGGUGUUCUCGCUAUGUCCCGCUACGCCCUCCAACCGUUCACCUUCUCCAACGGCAUCCAUGUCCCCAAAGGCACCUUCAUCGCGUGUGCUCAGUACGACACGCACCACGACGAGGAGAACUAUGCCAACCCGGAUAUAUUCGACCCGUGGCGCUUCUCCUCCAUGAGAGACGAAGACGGCGAAGGUACCAAGCAUCAGCUCGUCGCAACAUCCACCGAGUUCAUCAACUUCGGACACGGACGUCAUGCCUGCCCUGGGCGAUUCUUCGCUGCGAACGAGCUCAAGUGCCUGCUGGCCCACAUCGUACUCGACUAUGACGUGGCCUUCGAGGACGGCGUAGACUAUCCUCCGAACAAAUGCCUUAACGGCAACUUCGUACCUGCGGACAUCGACCUCAAGUUCCGGAGGCGGCAACACUAG